AUGGAUCAUCAGAAUUUACAUCGGGAUGCCCUUCGAACAAUCACGUCCCUAAACACGCGAGCCAUCCGAGCCGAACGUAUUCUCUCAAGAUAUGAAGAAGAGUUUGCUACGUUACAAGCUUCGUUCAACCAAGCCAAGGUUGACAUACAAGAGACAGCCAGAGUGAUGGAGCUUCUUUAUGAGACCAACCGUGUACUGAGGGAUGUAGUGACAUGCUUAGUCAAACAGCGGGAUGUCACGCCGGACAGCGAGAUCCUGAAAUGCUCCGAUAGACUGUUGAAUAUUCUGGCUCAACAAGUCCGAAGAGAUGUGCCGGACACUUCUACUGAAGCAUGCAUAAAGCCUCGUGAGACUGGUGCGACAGUUUUCAAGGGCCGGGCAAAUCGAUAUGAAGGCAGCCAAUUCUUUGGCAGAUUUUAG